UGGCAGUGCUUUGCGCCGGAGGAGUCCUCGAAGACCGGCACGCCACCCAGAGGUCCCCCAAGUCCGCCUUCCUCUCUGCGGGCGGGCCCCUGAGGCCCGGGGGCUGCUGAGCUGGGGGGGCGCUCGAGCUGCGAGGAUCCGGGCUGCCCGCAAGGCGAGGAGCGGGCGCCUAGGAUGGGGUGCAUGAAGUCCAAGUUCCUCCAGGGUGGACGCAAAAUCUCAAAAACUGAGCCCAGCACGAACCCGCACAGCACAGUGUAUGUGCCGGAUCCCACAUCCUCCAUCAAGCCGGGGUCCAGCAGCAGCCAUGGCAAACCCCCAGGACUUGCAGAGGGUUCUGAGGACAUCAUCGUGGUUGCCUUGUUUGGCUACGAGGCCAUUCACCGUGAAGACCUCAGCUUCCAGAAGGGAGACCAGCUCAUGGUCCUGGAGGAGUCUGGGGAGUGGUGGAAGGCUCGAUCCCUCGCCACCCAGAAAGAGGGCUACAUCCCGAGCAACUACGUGGCCCGCAUUAACUCUCUGGAGACGGAGGAGUGGUUCUUCAAGGGCAUCAGCCGCAAGGAUGCAGAGCGCCACCUCCUGGCUGCCGGCAACAUGCUGGGCUCCUUCAUGAUCCGGGACAGCGAGACCACCAAAGGGAGCUACUCCUUGUCCGUGCGAGACUACGACCCGCAGCAAGGGGACACGGUGAAGCACUACAAGAUCCGCACCCUGGACAGCGGGGGCUUCUACGUCUCCCCGCGGAGCACCUUCAGCACCCUGCAGGAGCUGGUGGCCCACUACCAGAAGGGGAGAGACGGGCUCUGCCAGCAGCUGUCAGUGCCCUGCGUGGCCGCAAAGCCGCAGAAGCCAUGGGAGAAAGACGCCUGGGAAAUCCCGCGGGACUCCCUCAAGCUGGAGAAGAAGCUUGGAGCUGGGCAGUUUGGGGAGGUCUGGAUGGCCACCUACAACAAGCACACCAAGGUGGCAGUGAAGACCAUGAAGCCGGGGAGCAUGUCGGUGGAGGCCUUCCUGGCAGAGGCCAACCUGAUGAAAACUCUGCAGCACGACAAGCUGGUGAAGCUGCACGCGGUGGUCACCCAGGAGCCCAUCUACAUCAUCACGGAGUUCAUGGCCAAAGGAAGCCUGCUGGACUUCCUGAAGAGUGGAGAUGGCAGCCAGCAGCCCCUGCCGAAGCUCAUUGACUUUGCAGCCCAGAUUGCAGAAGGCAUGGCCUACAUCGAGCAGAGGAACUACAUCCACCGAGACCUCCGAGCUGCCAACAUCCUGGUGUCUGCAUCACUGGUGUGUAAGAUUGCUGACUUCGGCCUGGCACGGGUCAUUGAGGACACGGAGUACACGGCUCGGGAAGGGGCGAAGUUCCCUAUCAAGUGGACGGCUCCCGAAGCCAUCAACUUUGGCUCCUUCACCAUCAAGUCUGACGUCUGGUCCUUCGGCAUCCUGCUGAUGGAGAUCAUCACCUACGGCCGGAUCCCUUACCCAGGGAUGUCCAACCCCGAGGUGAUCCGGGCGCUGGAACACGGGUACCGGAUGCCGCGACCAGAGCACUGCCCCGAGGAGCUCUACAGCAUCAUGAUGCGCUGCUGGAAGAACCGCCCGGAGGAGCGGCCCACCUUCGAAUAUAUCCAGAGUGUGCUGGACGACUUCUACACGGCCACAGAGAGCCAGUACCAACAGCAGCCAUGACGGGUGGCACCGGGGCAGAGCCACCGCCCCCCAGGGCCCACUCACCUGCCCCGGGCCCACUCUUCCUCGC